AUGGAGGAGAUGUACAAGAAAGCUCAUGCGGCAACCCGAUCUGAUCCUUCAGCAAAACAAUCUCCUGCUCCUCGUGAAGGCAAGCCUAAAAGGUAAGUGUUGAACGGCCAAGCAAAUUUAUCUAACCUUGUGCUGUUUGUAACACAUUUUAUUACUGAAUCUUUAAGUACAAAUUCUAUAAUUUUUUAUUUGCUUCAGGUUUGGUCGAUCCCGACUCUCCCUGCAACAACGCAAGGAUCUUGUUGCUCAGAAGAAGAAGAUCGGAAGAGCACAAGCUAUUUACUAUUUACAAGAGAGAAGAGGCUGGAAAGGAGGAUGUGACGUUUGCGCUGCAUAUAUUAGUAAAGGGGAAAUUCCCUGUAUUUAGUCUGGUUGUCGAGGAAGGUUCGAUUCUCCGAUGUCUUGUUAAAUAACUUAAAUUGCGUAGGUUAGCUGUCAACUUUCCCGUCGAAACAUUUGUGACUUUCAAUAUCCAGGAUGUUUGUUUUGGUGAGUUUUUUACCUUUUAUUUUGACAUUUUUUUCCUUUUCACGGCCAUUAUAAAAUCAAAACCGCGCAAGUGCUCGUUUAAUAUACGCAUGUCAUCGUAUUUGAUUCAUGUUUAAUGUCGCUGUACUUGCUGUAUUAGUUUGUUUGUCUCAUCAACAUAAGUAUUGAUCGAUAUAUUAUAUGCUAUAUUCAAUUUAUCGUGAAUUCAAUCCAUGGAAAACGCCCAGAAAAUUCCAUUUGACCGAAGCUUUACAUAAGAAUUUGAAGAAUUUCUCAAUUUCCUGUUGGGCGACUUUUACAAAUGUUGUAGAAAACGUUCACACAUUUUAAAGAUUACCACAAAUACAUAUUCUAUUUAUUUCGCUAUUUGAUGACCGUGAAAUUAUUCUAGUUUGGCUCAGGCCGAGAACUUUUUCUGUUAUGUUCUAACGUUUUGGCGACAUUUGACAUUCCCUACAUAGUAUUUGCUGUGUCACGCGACACUGUAUUAAAUGACGUUCAAUAUUUUAUCUUCAUAAAAACACCUGUAGCUUUGUUUUGCGACAUUGUGCUUCGUAUAUCACACUAAAAGUUUAUAACAUGUUUUAGAUACAGUAUAGUAUAAAGAAGGGAGGUAAAAUGUAUAGGUUUAGUUGUGUUUGCCUUAUUUGUACGUUGAUCAAAGAAGAGCUCGCCGAGAAGGCAGUCAUGCAUUCAAGCAAGAAAAUAUAAAAAGCCUUUGUGCGGCAUUUUAAUUAAUAGCUACGUAUUUCUCGACUUUUCUAGUCCUAUUAAAAAUGAUUAAUUCCCAAUUUGUAUUUAUUGGGGGGAGGUUGUAUCCCACGUAAUUGUCCUGAGCUAUUCAAUAAUGCGUCAUAAAAUAUAAAAUAUGCGUGUUAAACAUGAACUUCAAACUAUAUUUUUGUAGCAUCUUAGUUCUAUACGCUUUUUGAUGAACGUAAGUAGAGGUUUUGCUUUCGUGAUUCGAAUAAUUCGCAUUCCUAAGGCUGAGUCACGAGUGCUUUGCAUUACGUCGCAAAACUCGCUCUGUUGUUUCUGUCUUAAUGUUUGACCUUCGGACGUCAACUAUCAAAAUAUUUUCGAUAUAAAAUGGUUAAAUUAACUCAUCUAUUUCAAGCACUUUCCCUUGAUAAGUAAAACAGUGUGGCAGAAUGAAAUAACAAGGUUCAGGGCAUGGGAGCACGUUGCAAGAGACAUUCCCACACCAUUCCUUGAUGAGUAAGAUUAUCUGGGUUAAACUGGAGUACAUUUCUAACGUUCUCAAUGUUUUGACCACAGAAAUAAUGAAAUCAAAACUUUUGUUUUUCUACUUUGGUAGGGAGCAACUACGCUGUUGUUGUGUGGCCUUUCUAGCGCAUUAA